AUGAGAGCCUUCAAGGGGUGCUCAGGAAGGGAGGCGAGUGACGGAUUGGAGGAAGAUGUGGAGGCAGAGGAGGAGGAGGAGGAGGAGGAGGAGGAGGAGGAGGAGGAGGAGGAGGAGGAGGAGGAGGAGGAGGAGGAGGGAGGAGGAGGAGGAGGAGGAGGAGGAGGAGGAGGAGGAGGAGGAGGAGGAGGAGGAGGAGGAGGAGGAGGAGGAGGGGGAGGAGGAGGGGGAGGAGGAGGAGGAGGAGGAGGAGGAGGAGGGGGAGGAGGAGGAGGAGGAGGAGGAGGAGGAGGAGGAGGAGGAGGAGGAGGAGGAGGAGGAGGAGGAGGAGGAGGAGGAGGAGGAGGAGGAGGAGGAGGAGUGGAGGGUGGAGGAUGGGUGGAGCAGCGAUUGUUGGUAUUGCUGUGUCAGCAGUAG